GCGGCCCCUUUGACGCAAGAGGUAAGUCGGUUCGGGUGGGUAAGAUGGCGGCGACUUCAGCGGGCAGUGGUGUGGAUGUUCAGGCUCGAUUCGGCCACUCUGUGAAGGGACUGCUGACCGAGAAAGUGACCAGUUGUGGUACAGAUGUCAUCGCCCUCACUAAGCAGGUGCUGAAAGGCUCCCGGAGCGCUGAGUUCCUAGGACAGGCUGCCAGAAACAUGGUGAUGCAAGAGGAUGCCAUCUUGCACUCAGAAGAUAGCUUAAGGAAAAUGGCAAUUAUAACUACCCACCUGCAGUACCAACAAGAAGCUAUUCAGAAAAAUGUUGAACAGUCAUCAAAUUUGCGUGAUCAACUGAGCCACCUCCUUUUGAAAUGAAGAGAGAAUGAUGUGCAGCUAGAAACUGAUGGGAGAAAGCACAUUUUGGACUUGUGGAGUCCCUUAUCAUGUUCCUGCUUCAGCAAAAGCAUUGUGUAGUUGACCUAGUCCAAAAGUUACAUGUUAGUUGUGAUGAUGCCAAGGGUACCUAAAUUUAUUAUAACCUGGGAAUUGGAGCAGCCCUUAAUUUUUAAUUGCAACUAGUGCAUCUGUAAAAGGCUAGAAAGGUUUUUGUAUUUGAUUAUAGAUAUGAACACUCAGAGUAUGUUUUUCCCCUCUUUUGGGAGCUAAAAUAUAACAGGCUUAAUUUACCAAACAACUUAUAUCUCUGCACACCACCGGCCAAAUGCACCAUGCUUUGGUUUUGGAUGCUUUAAAGGAGAAAAUUCUAUUUCAGACUAAAGUUAAGUGUAUUGAUAGUAUGAAUUUCUUCCUUUUCGGGGCAGAAUCAUGCAAUCAUAUACAGUACACUGACAUGCACUAGAAAAGUUAUUAAAAUUGCUGUCUGCAGCACUGCUCUAUUUGCUGCUGUGUAUAGGUAUAUAACUGAUCUUGGAGGGCAUUACUCUUAUGUCACCUCUAACCCAUCUGUAAGGUGUUUUACAGCAGUGUGCAAUGUUUGAUCCUAUGAAUAGCUAUAAUUGUAGAGAUACUAUAUGUGCACAAUUCCUGUGCAAGACGAUAGUGUGCAUUGCCCCUUGAAUUACAAACCCACUAUUUGCCAUGUUAAUGAUAAUUCUUCCUAAGAAACAUGUUGUUUUCUUUCUCCUGAGACCUGCCACAGAACUGUUGAUUGGCAUUUUGCAUCCCUCAAACUCUGAGCAUCUAACUUCAUAUUUAGGCAACUUAUAGAGAAAUCCCAUUGUUAGAUAUGGAGAGCUCUGUUUGGGCCUCCUAAGAUUCCAAACUCAUGUUGGCCUUGCACCAGUAUGGCAAAGUAGAGGGAAAAACAAUUAAUUUAUUUUUUAAAAAAUCUUGUUUUAUUGUUUCUCUCCCAUUGAAAUAACUAGAGGAGAAAUUAAUAAGCCCGUUCCAGGUCUGGUUUAGUUCUGCUUAUGUCCUAGGGGCAUGAGAUGGUUGUGGAUCCCAAAAUCCUAUGGCUCCUAGGAUGCCUUCUUAGCAACUGCAACUUAAGCAUAUUUUUAGGGACUGGAACUCUUUUCUCUCCCAGUCUUAAUCUUAGUUAAUGGGAGCAUACAAUGCUGAGUGAAAAUAUGGGAGUUUAUUUAGAUUUGCUUUAAAUGCUGACAGUAUAACAGUUUGUAAAAUUUUGCAUGCUCUGUUGUAUAUAGCUGCUAACAAAUUCCCAUUCAGACUGUAAACGUAUGCACAGUUACUUGGGAGUAAGUCUCAUUAAAAACAGUGAGACUCACUUUUGAGUAAGAAUGCAUAGGAUAGCACUGUUCAUUUCUUUGGCCUCAAUUUUUUGGUAUGGUAUCAGUUGUGUGUGUAUGAGCAAUGCUGAAACAAGUCUACUAAGUAUUUCACUCUGCAGAAGAAGAUCUAGAAUGUACUCCCUUAGGGCUGUACAUCUGCUGAUGGUUUUGGCCUUGAACUAUGCUUCUAAACACUCACUGCUGCUACAGCUUGAUUAAGUGCCUUGGCUUUAUUAUGUAAUUCUCUAUGGAGCCAGUAAUCUAAUCAGAUAUAUAGUUGGAAUGGUACUGGAGAUAUUUCCUCAGCAUGGUGGACUGAGCCAAUUUAAAACCAGUGAAAAACAGAAUUGAUACUAUAGUAUGCAUAUAAAAUGUAUUAGUAUUUCCUCUUUCAUUUUUAGUGUGUACUUUUGCGUUAUUCAGAGAAGAGUACUCGUGGAUAAUUUAUACAAUAAAAAUAUUAAAGAACUGUUCUUUGUACACAAACUAAUACUAUAUGUGUUAGAGCACUGUGCAAGCUCUUUUUAAAUGGGAACAAGCAACUAAAUAUAUUGUUGUGGAAACUGUUCUGUUUUGUCAGCAAGAAGCAUUGCUUAUGUAGCUAAAAUGCAUAGAUGAGCAGGGAAGUAUCAGAGUUCUGAGGUCCUUGAACCUUCGGCCAAACAAAUCUUACAGAAUGACAAAUCAUUAUGAAAAAAUCCGGGAGGGGGGCAGGCUCCUCAAACAUCCCAAUGAUCGUGGAAUGCGAACUGACUGUUGGUGGGAGUGGAGGCAUAGGUGAGGCGGGGAAUGGAAUGGAGCAUCAUGGGGGAGGGUAUGGCUGGCUGACUGGGGACAGUGAACAGCAGCACCCCAUACUGCAACAUUUUAUUCCAAGUUCCACUUGUACUAUUCUGUUAUUGUAGAUUCCAUACUUUUAAAAAUAAUUGAAUAAAGCAAACUUGUUUUGGAGUUGUUAUCAUUUA